UCGUGAAAAAAGCUUAAGCGCACCGGAUCGCAAUGGUUAUGUGAAAGCAUGUGUCAUCCCACUGUGCCGUGACCGAGGCUGCGAGUCGUGGGUGAGGCUAAUGUUCACAAAAUUAUGGAGUUCCCAGAGACUCCGGAGUGCGGUGUGUGUGGGGUCGCUUUCGGUUUUUCUCGCUCUGUUGGUCAAAUGUGCAGAUUGGAGAGCUGGAGCCAGCAGCAGCAGCAGCAGCGCUGACAACACACUCUCGCAUUCAUCGUCCUCCCUUCACUUCGUUACAGGCUGCGCUGCGGAGCUGUUGCAAACUUGCUGGAGUGUGGUCUCGCCAUUGUUCACCCUCCUAUGUGCCUUCUUUUGGGUCGGUGUGUACCUAAUCCGCUGCGGGGUGCUGGUCCAGAGCGCCCUCUCCCUCCUGACCGUGUGCCACCUGGGCGAAGCAGCGGCGUGGUCUCUCCUGGACGGGACGGAUGAGGAGGAGCGGCUGUUCUCGUUCACCGCCGCGGCUGUAGUCGCGCUCGUCUGCGUGGCCACCGGCUCACUCAUGGUAGCGCGGCUGAACCAGGGCAUAUCCGUGAUCGUUUUCAUCAGCGUGAUCAGGACUAUCUCGCUCUUCUCGCUGCACAAAGUCAGGGCCACUUGGAGACCGUACGUGGCGUACCUGGUUGGAGUGCUGGGCAUCCUGCUGGCGAGGUAUGCUGACAAGCUCCUGCCUAACCAAGGGAGACACAAGGAGGGCUGCACCCCCGUGACUGGAGCCAGGGAAGAGAUCCCUGUAUUUAAAAGGCGCAGGAGGUCCAGUUCUGUGAUAGCGUCAGACAUGGCACACAGUCAGUCCAACAGUAAGUCACAUCGCCGGACCUCUCUGCCAUGCAUCCAGAGGGACCAGAUGCUUCCCCGCUCAGAUUGGGACCACAAGAGAGGCUCCCGAGGAUCACAGUCCUCAGGCACCACAGUCAUGGUGGACAUAGCAGUGAUGGGAGAGGCUCAUGGACUAAUCACAGACCUGCUGGCUGACCCCUCACUGCCCCCCAACACCUGCACCUCACUGCGGGCUGUCAGCAACCUGCUAACCACCCAGCUCACCUUCCAGCCGUUGCACCGGCCACGCCCUGCUCCCCUGCUCAACCCCAGCGAUGCCUACACCUGCUCCGACUCAGAGGAGGGACCGGAGAAAGGGGAGAAGACAUCCAUCCACAAGCGUCUGAGGCGAAGUCUCCACCCGGGUCUUCUGAGGAGGAUCUCUUCCACGUGGACCACCACCACCUCCGCCACAGGCAUGCCCACCAUAGAGCCUGGGCCUGUCCGUAGGGAUCGCAGCGCCAGCAUCAAACCCUACCAUGAAACACUCACCUGCAGCUGUGGGAGACCAUACAUCAAACUGAGCCAUGGGGAGGGCUCUAUAGACAAGGGAGACAGGAUACCACGGACAGCAGAGGACCAAGUGGUUGCGUCAUCAGACUAUGACAGUACCCACGAAGCCAACCACAGUGAUAGCAGCGAUGUAGCACAUACAGAGGAGGACACAGAGGAAGGAAAAAACCCUGCUCAGAAUGUUAUCCUCCAUCCACUAAUACCUCCAGAGGACAAACCAAUGUUGGCUCCAGAGCCACUAGUAAUGGAGGACCUAGAGCCUCUGAUGAGUCAGCUAAACAAUUGGAACUUCCCCAUCUUCAGCUUGAUGGAGAAGACCAGUGGGAAAUGUGGACGGAUCCUCAGUCAGGUCUCUUACAGGCUCUUUGAAGACACUGGCCUGUUUGAGACAUUCAAGAUUCCUGUAACAGAAUUCAUGAACUACUUCCACGCCCUCGAGAAUGGUUACAGAGACAUACCAUAUCACAACAGGGUCCAUGCCACAGACGUGCUCCAUGCAGUCUGGUACCUCACCACGCAGGCUGUGCCCGGUCUGCCCAGCCUCGUCACCGACCACAGCUCUGCCAGUGACUCAGACUCUGACAGCGGAAUAACACACAGUCACAUGGGCUUCCUGGUUUCAAAGACCUACACUGUGUCAGAAGACGGUUACGGCUGCAUGUCAGGCCUCAUACCUGCUCUGGAGCUCAUGGCCCUUUAUGUGGCCGCCGCGAUGCACGACUACGACCACCCGGGGCGGACCAACGCAUUCCUUGUGGCAACUAGUGCCCCGCAGGCAGUGCUCUACAAUGAUCGAUCCGUUCUGGAAAACCACCACGCUGCCUCAGCCUGGAACCUCUUCAUGUCGAGGCCAGAGUACAACUUCCUCGUCAACUUGGACCAUGUGGCAUUCAAGCGUUUCCGUUUCCUGGUGAUUGAGGCCAUACUGGCCACUGAUCUGAAGAAGCACUUUGACUUCCUUGCUGAGUUCAAUGCCAAGGUGGGUGACGAUCCAUCUACAGGUAUCGAUUGGUCCAAUGAGAAUGACAGGUUGUUGGUGUGCCAGAUGUGCAUUAAACUGGCUGACAUCAACGGACCUCUGAAGUGCAAGGAUCUGCACCUGCAGUGGACAGAGGGCAUUGUCAACGAAUUCUAUGAGCAGGGAGAUGAGGAGUCCAGUCUGGGCCUUCCUGUCAGCCCCUUCAUGGACAGAGCAGCACCACAGUUGGCCAAACUCCAGGAAUCGUUCAUCACGCACAUCGUGGGACCGCUGUGCAACUCAUACAACUCAGCCAGCCUCAUGCCUGGACGAUGGGUGGAACCCAACCCAGAGGCAGAGGAGCCAGAGAUGGAGAAUGAUGAGGAGGAUGAAGAGGAUACUGCAGAAGAAGACACAUCCACCAGCUCAGAAGCAUCACAGAAAGCAGCUCCAAAGAAAAGGAUGAACGUCUUCUGUCAGAUCACCCAGCACCUGCUGGAGAACCAUGAGAUGUGGAAGAAGGUGAUUGAAGAGGAGACCCAGAAACAAGGCCAAGGAGCAGAAUCUGUCCAUUUAAACAAUGUAGCUGAGCCUAUUCUGGCUAUUCAUGAGGAGGAAGAGGAGCCAGGCAGCAGAGAGGAGCUGCUGGAAGGAGAGGAUCCUGAGGAGGAAGUGGAGGAGGCAGAGUGGCCCGUGUCUCCUCAGGAAGAAUCUAAACCUCCAGAGGAACUACAAGAGGGGGAGCUGCAGUGAAAAAAGCCCAUGGGAAAAAGGGCAUCAGGGCAAGGACGUGAAAAAAGUAUUUCUUUGUUUCUUAUCCUAUCAACUGACUCCUGUUCUUGCCAGCACAUCACUUAGACACAACACUGUAGAUGUUUUUGAAAUGUGUGCCUAUACAGAGAAAAACAGGGUGGGAAAAAUUUGUGCUUUACACGUUUUAUCUAAAUAUCCAAAACAUUUAAAGGAGCUUUCCAUAUUGCAAUACGGGAUUCUUCGUGUACUUUGGGAUACAGACUCUUUUGCUACUGUCAAGAGAAGAGGAAGACUGCUUGCACAGACCUCAACCCAUUGUGGUAACACAGGACUGCAGACAUUUGCUGCCAAUUUAUAAAUAAUUAUUUUCAGAAUGCAAUUAUUAUAUAGACAUCACAGUUACCUGUAGUUGUGUUUCAAUUUUAGCGAAGGUUUUUGAGGUCUCACAUGGGCCAUAAUAUGUUUUUUUUCUAUGUAUGGAUCAUAAAGGGAGUCAAUCAAAUGAGGAACAUUGGUGUAUCUUUCUUCCUUUCAACUUCUGCCAAAAUGAAUCAUUCACCUGCGCAUUGUUGCAUCAAACACAAAUACUCAUCACUCAUUUUAUGUUUUACAGUUGUUGCCAAAUUAAGUACUUUAUAUCAUUCAGUGUAGCCAUAUAAGUUUAAGGAGGAAAUCUUCAGGCUCCUCACACUGUCUGUGUGUUUGCGUGUGUGCGAGUGGGUCUUCGCUUAAACUGAUGCGCUCAUGUGCACAAAUUCUUCUGCAGAGGACGUAGAUGAAGUCAGCAGAUUACCUCUUAUUUGUGCCACCUCUGGUCUGCAGUCCCAGGGAAAACAUAACGAUCACUGAAGAUGCUGCACUGACAAAGCAACACUGAGUUGCUGGAAAUGAAUCUGUGCUGACAAAAGACACAAAAACAGAACAUACAAUAAUAGUACUAUAGUGUUAGGAGGAAAUUAAAGGGGAAAACAACAACACAGGUAAUCAUGUAUGAACAAUAUAUAAUGUGGAGCCAGAAAGCCUAAUCUAUUUAACACUCAGAGGGCAUAUACUUCCGCCA